AUGUUAUUAUUUUCAUUGUUGAUUUGUCUGAUCUGUCUACCUAAUUUAAUCUUCACAUCACAAUGUGGUGAAUCAACAAUUCCAUUCAGUUUGGAAGUAAGAUUCUCCAUUCAUUUCACAACAUUAAAUCAUUUACCUUCUAGACUCUUCCAACUGGCCAAGUUGUUUUGGGAUGUGCUCGACCAACUUGUUUUGGAUGGGAUUCAACUGGUGAACCAUUGGCAACAACAGCAAAUUUUUAUAGAAUUGAUCAACAUCCAGAUGGAUUUUUGAGAAAUGAUCCAACUUUUAUUCCACCUUUUGAUAGAGAAGAUCCAAAAGUUUAUUCAAGACAACUAUCGGUGAGAAAAAAGAUUUCUAGGAUCAAUGAAAUAAAAAUUAUUUUCUAGACCUGCGAAUCUGCAUUUCAAUCUCUUGAAUGUGCAUCAGAUGAUCAAUGGGUUGGAGGCAUUGUUCCUUUGUUGAAUGCUUCCGAUUCGCCGUAAGUUCCUUAAAAAUAUCUCGGAUUUGUUUACAACUCAUUUGAUUUUCAGAACAGCUUAUCAAUGUUGCACAUUUGAAGGUCUCAAAAAAUCAACAGAUCGUGGAAUUGCUGUUGUUGGAGCUGGACAAGUUGUUGUAGGCGGUGAAGUUUAUAAAGAUGGAAAACAAUAUGCUUUUGAUUAUAUUGGUAAUGUUGAAAAGAAAUACGAUGGAAGUUCAGUUUAUUAUGAAGUUAACAUCCGGAGAAUGCCUUGUUUAUCUGCUCAUAAUUUUGAUGAAAGUAUUGAAGAAGUUCGAGAUUCUAUGGAGAAAAUCAGAGAAGUCAAUGGUUUGCCAGCAAAAGUUUUUCAAUCACCAACAGUAGUUGCUGCGCCUGCUCCAAUCGCUGCUGCACAACCAAUCGAUGCACAAAUAGCAGUAGCACAAGCUGCACAAGCUCCACUUCAGUUAACACCUCCACAGGUAACCAACACCGUCUGCUAAUUUUCACAUUCACUUUGUAUUUUUUUCUUCUCACUGGUCAUUUUUAAUAAUAUCUGUAAAUUAUAAUAAAUUAUUUGAUUCAUGAAACAUUGCAGAACUACAAUACUCUUCAACUCUUCACAUUCACUGAAUGUUUGUGAGCUAUUUUUUUUUUCAGAAAAAAAUGAUUAUGAAUAUUUGAUUUCAGCUACAAUUUAUUGUUUUUCUGGAGAUUCACAAGUUCGAGUUAUGGAUUUUGGAUUGAAAAGAAUGGAUGAAUUAGAUAUUAAUGACUGGGUGGAAAGUGUUGGUGACAAUGGUGAAGUUGAAUUUGUUCCGAUAAGUUCUUGGAUUCACCGGGAACCAGAAACAGUGGCCGAAUUUAGAGAGUAAGUUAAAUAUUGAGCCCGAUCUUUGAAUUUUAUAAUACUUGUGUGUUUUGCUCAAAUACACAUUUCACAUUACAUACCCAAAAGUACUUAUAAUUUUCUUAUCACCACUUUGAGUCACUAAGCACAUGUCUCGCAACAUUUUUUGCAGAAUUAUAAUGGCAGACGGUAAUCGAUUAAAAAUCACAAAUCGACAUUAUAUUUAUAGAAUAUCUUGUGAUGAUAACUCAACAGAAAUUCAAAAAAAUCCAGAAUUCGCGGAAAGUGUGAAAGUAAAUGAUUGCCUUUAUAAGUUUAAUGAGGAAACAGAGGAAAUUGAAAAAGUUCGAGUGACAAAUAUAACUUCAAUAGUAUCUCGAGGAAUAUAUUCACCUAUGACGUCAUCAGGAACAAUUCUUGUUAAUGAUAUACAUACUUCAUGUUAUAGUGAAGUCAACAACCAAAACAUUCAAAAUUCUGUUUUAUCGGUGGGUAGUAAACAGUUUUGGAAAACGUUUUUAUAAUGGGGCUAUUCAAGUAUUUUCUCAACACGCUGAGAAAACAGGAGAAAUGCGGAGAAAAUGUAUUUUCUUCACUUUUUUCGUAUUUUCUCAGCCUACCUGAAUAGGUUUUCUUCGCUUUUCUCAGCGUUGAGAAAAUAACUUGAAUAGUCCCAUAAUUUUUGAUUUUUUUUAGGUUUUCAAGAAGCUUGCUAAAUUACGUGGUUUAUCAACAAUAGUCAACAUUUUGGACUUAAUAAUUCCAAUGAAAUAA